UCGUUUUGCAGACAGUAAUAGAGUCGGUGAAGGUAGAAGAUCAACUACUUAACACUCUUAAUACGACACAGACUUUGGACCCAGGGGGCGUAUUAUACGACAUCGAAUGCCACGACGACAUGAAAGGGCGGCUCAUAGAAGCGAAGGACAAGGUCGUGGUGCUAGCCUUCCUACCAAGCUACUGCGCUCACAGCUACAUGAUGAUUCCAGAUGUUCAGCAGCUUGCCAAGAUGUAUGCUAAUACGACUUCGUUCCUUAGGAUCAAGGAAGAGCAUGAUGACAUAUACGAAAUAUUUGGUAUACACACAGUACCGACAUUUAUCUUCAUGCAGAAUAAGAAGAAACUCCUGGUGCGCACCGGUGCCAGCGUCAAACAACUCGCGGACACGUUGGAAGCUGUGCUAAAUGGCGACUACACUUCGACGACAACCACCACACAGGCGCCAUCGAGCUACAUAAUCAGCAUAACCAGCCCACAACACCUGAAUGAGACGAUGUCCAGCGCCGGUAACAAGUUGGUGAUCCUCGCGUUCAUGACUAAGUGGUGCUCUAAAUGUAAGAAAAUCGCUCCCAAGAUUGAGGCCAUGGCGGAUGAGUAUUACGGCUCUGUCAUGUUUUUGAUGAUUGAUGACGAUGUCAAAACCAAAGAGCUGUACACGAAGUACAACAUUCAACGAGUGCCGACGUUUGUCUUCAUACGGAACUCGAAGAAGCUCAACCAAUACGAGGGAACAUGGUACGAGAAAAUCAGGACGCGUAUAGAAUUGCAAGAUUUUCUAAAUAUCUGAUCAAGAAGAACCGAGCGAAAGUGGACUUAAUAGGGAAUAUUACGCGAAAGUCUGCGUAGGUGGCGCCACUACCACUAUCCGUCACAAUCUGGGGGUCUACCGCGAAACAAGAAAAUCCAAAUUUCGAUAUCUAACCUCUCGAUCACUCUUCCAUAUUCCGGCGAUAAAGAGGUAGAUAACUAAAUGUCGUUUUUCGCGUUUCCCGGUAGGCCCUUGUUAACAAACCGCCUUGAUGCAUCAAUGUCAUAUUUUAUUUUCUGUGAAAAACAUGUCAAAAAAAAGUUUAAGGCACAGUAUGUAGGUAUAAUAUUACUCUAUGGUUUACUAGAGGAGCUAGUGCUGCACUCUGGCGCAAAAACAUUACAGUAA